ACAUGUAAGAUAUGGAAGUUCCCAGGCUAGGGGUUGAAUCGGAGCUGCAGCUGCCAGCCACAGAUACAGAAAUGCCAGAUCCGAGCCGCAUCUGCGAUGUACACCACAGCUCAUGGCAACGCCGGAUCCUAAACCCACUGAGUAAGGCCAAGGAUUGAACCCGCAUCUUCAUGGUUACUAGCCAGGUUCAUUACCACUGAGCCACAGUGGGAACUCUAACCAUUGGCUUUUGACAUUAGACAAAGUAAGAACUUCAGAACUAGCUAACACUGACCUAGCAUUUCCUACACAGCUACUGCUUCCAGAAGCAGCUCUUCCACCUCAGCCCCUCUGCCCCAUGUGUCCAGCUGAAGAAUGGAGUUUAGCUCCUGCUCUGCCCAUGUCUCUGAUUGUAGAAGGGAAAGGAAUUAUCCAUAAGGAGAACCCUGUGGAAAAUCUAAAAGCCACUUAGACAUGAAUUGUGCCCCCCACUGGGAUGACUGCUCCAGACAGCAGUUAAUGAAAGAGUCGAGGCUGACACAGCCGACUAUGGUACUUACAGCGGUGGUGCCAGCACUCCCAUGGAAGAGGACACCUGCGUAACAAUUUGCUUAAGAUUGAGGAUGGGAAGUCUUCGAGUUGCUUUACAUGGUAACACUGAAUUUCCCUUUCACUGGGUAGCCAGUUUCCUCUCUGGGUCUUGAUUUCAAAUCCCAGUUUUGCCACAGACAUGCAGUGUAACAUUGAGCAAAUCACUUAACCUCUCUGAAUCUCAGUUUUCUCAUCUAUAAAACGGUAAAUAAGCAACUUUUGAGGAACCCUUCCUAUGUGCCAAGCCCUAUGCUGACACAUCUAUAUGAGUCACCCCAAUGGAUCUUCACAAUACCCAACAGAUAUAGAUGGAUUUAUUAUUUCCAUUUUGCAGACAUAUGUGAGGCUCAGAGAGGAAGUAGCUGGCCCACAGUUACACAGCUUCUGAGUCACAGUGGGGAUUUGAACCCAGGCCUGUCUGGCUGCAGAGGCAUGGCAUAGGUGACAUACAUGGAAAGGGCAUGGGGAGUGGCCACAAGGUGGUCACUGGGCCCUCCCAGGCCUGCCUCUACCUCACACCUGCUCUUCUCCAUGCACCCCCAACAUACACCCUUCCUCCCUUGGGUUCUCUGACUGCUACUUCCUGUCACAGAAGCCUCCUGGGGACCCUCCUAAGAACUGGAAGCCCUGCCCCAGGCUCCAUAGCUCUGAUAUUAUUCCAAAAGGAAGGACCCACCCCCAAAAUCACAGGACCCCCACCUACUUCCUCCUUGGGUCCUCUGGCCCAGCCCCAGAGUCUGCCCCUUGGGCCUCAGCGACAAACCCUAUCAAUUCUGGCCAGAAGCUCCAAGGUCACCAGGUGCCAAGGACCCCUCCCUCCACUGAAGGGUUCCGCUGAGAGCAAGCCCGGCCAGGAGGUGGAUUCCUGCCAUGUUCCCGCCCACCUGAGCUCAGGUUAUAAAAGUUGUGUCUUUCUGAGAAGCUGGAGACAGAGGCCCAGGAGACAUUCAGGAGAGCCUGUCCUAUUCUUGGAGAGGUCCUGAACAGGAGGAUGCUGCUGCUCUUGGGGUCACUGCUAUGCGGGGGGCUGUUGCCCCAGGCCCAAGGGAAGGCCCAGCACUUGGUCUUCAUUCGAAUCAGCAAGAAUCAGCUGGAAACAGACAUUUCAGACAUGUUCUUGAAACACCAUGUCCUGGAUCGCUUGGCCAAGAUCCCCGUGAUGGGAGCCACAAGUGAAGGCGCCACCAUCCUGGACCACCUGCCUUUCGUCAGAAAAGGCCUCUCCAAGAAGAGCAGUGGGCUGGACCUGUCGCUGGUCACAGACCUGCUCUUGGGGCAGAGCCUCCCACCACUAGGGAAGCUUCUCCAGGCAGGUGGGUUGGUCAUAGAAGAUGCCAAAGGACCCGAGGUCACCCUGCAAAUCCUGAGUGACAGCCUGCUGCAGGUCACAUUGCGAAACAAACUGUACCUCUCGCUCCAGAGGAUCCUGCGGUUCAAAGUCAUCAAGAACAUCCGCAUCGGGGUGCGGCUGGAGCAGAUAGGGAACAAGACCAACGUGGCCUUCGAGGAGUGCCACACCCCACCAGGGUUCCUGAACAUCGAGGUUCUGGAGCACAUGGGCCUCCUCCUGGUGAACGAAGCUCUGAAGUUGGCGACAGAUGUCCUAGACAAGGCAUUGCCCUUCCUCCUGCAGAAGAUAGUGUGCCCCCUGGCCACCACCCUGCUCAACUUGCUGCUGGAAGACCUGUUACACAUCACUCUGCCCCCAACCAUCUCGGACCCAGAAGACUUCCAGUACCACGUCACCACCACAGAGUUCACGGAGGAGGCCAUCCUGAUGAAGGUCCAGCUUGUGACCCCCUGUGGCUCAGGCAAGAGAGCUCCCAAGCCUGACUACCUGGACCCCAAUCCCCUCCCCACAUUAGCCCAGGACAGCAUGGCAGACCUGGCCUUUCCACUGGAAACCUACAAUGACAUCCUGUCCUGCCUCUACUCCAGCAAGGAGAUCCAUGUGAAUCUCUGGGACCCUACGGCUGCUGACCUCAUUCAGCUGCUGUUGCCGAGAGAACUGGAGCUGGGGCCCAAGACUUCUCACCAGCCCAGAAGGAGUGUGGGACUGACCAUCAGCACCCCUAACCCUCCCACUGUCCACCUGGGUGGCCACACAGCUGCAGUCAUCCAGCAGGGCUCCCUGGUGCUUCUGGGUCCUGGCAACACCUCCUCUGUUUCAGUUUCCUGGAAACUCCUUUCAAAGGCUGUGUUUUCCUCGAAAAAUCGGGAAUUAAAACUCCAGUUCACUCCAAACAGCAUCGCAGUCACCCUGGGCCCUUACCCCCCUGGCCUUGCAAAGCAGGUGAGUCUCCUUCCACACCCUCAGCCUCCCUGCGGUUCUGAAGGACAUACCAGCAGGCCCAGAAGAAGGCCCUUAGUCACUGGUGUAGGGGGUGGAAAGCCUCACUCAUUUUCCCUGGGGGCUCUCUUGUCCUGGAGCCCCCAUGCCCACAGGGGGUGGGGAGAACCCUCAGAACUUGUCCAUUUCGCCCUUGUGUAUACUUAACAAGUACUUACGGAGUGUCUACUACGUGCCCAGCCUUGCCUUAGGUUCUUAGGAUGUGAGCACAACAAAUGUCCCUGCCCUGGUGGAACACACAUUCUAGCAGGGAAACGUGAGAUAAUAAACACUAACUACAGUAAGGUAGAUGUUACAGUAUGUGGGUAGGUGAUAACUCGAUGGAAAAAGCAGAGGGGAUGGGCAGGGAGGAUGGGAGGCGCAGGUGAGGGUAACUAUUGAGAAGGAAGGUCAGGGAAGGCCUUGUUGAGAGGAGCAAUACAGGAGGGAACUGGGGGGGGUGGGGGAGUGUGCCUGGGGCCAGGGAGCAGCAGGGGAUCCAGGGAAGCUGGAUCCGAAUGGGAAGAGGGAAAUGAGAGAGGGAGCCGGGCCUGCUGCUGAGGGCGGGCUUUUCCUGAGACAGAUGGAAGCCAGUGGUGGGUUCUGAGCAGAGGAGGAGCUGAUGGGACCAGGCUAGAUGGAGGCAGAAGCCCCAUGGAGCAGGCUGGGAGCUCAGCGUAGAGGUUGACGAGGCUCAGAUGAGGUGAUGGCAGGUGGCAGUGGUGGGGAGUGGCUGGGAGCAGGAUGCAUUCUCAAAGUAGAGCUGCCAGGAUUUCCCAAUGGAGUGGAUGUGGGAAGGAGUGAGGAGCAUCCUGGGUGACACAGGAUUUUUAAGGGCACCUCCUUAUCUUUCAGGAGAAUAUUUGG